CGCGACUCGUCCCGGGGCGGGUAGAAAGAAAAGAAGGCGAGGGGCGUAGUGAAGGCGUGCGCUCCCUUUCUUCCCCCCCCCCACUCCCCGCGGCGGGGUGGUGCGGCCCGCUCCGCGGAGGGCGGGGAGCGUCGCGCGGCGCCUCCCUGCUCAGUGACACACGCGCCCGGCGCGGGGAGGAGGCGGCGGGUCCGGCCGUGCGCGGGGACCGGUUAACGGCCGGAGGAGCCGCACCAUGGCCGGGGCUGCCGACGAAUCCCUCCCUUCGCCGCCUCUUCCCGCCCGCCGGGAACUUUCCGCAGCGGGAGGCGGUGGCGGUGGUGCCUCCCUGCAGCGGCGGCGGCGGGUCCGCCCGGCGGUGUCCCCGGGGCUGGGGCUGCUGGGGCUGGUUUUCUCCCGCUUCUGCUGCAGUGCCUUAGCUGGACCAGUUGUUGAUCCACAUGUGACAGCAGUUUGGGGGAAGAAGGUUGCACUGAAAUGCAUAAUUGAUGUAAAUGAAACAAUUACACAAGUUUCUUGGGAGAAGGUACAUGGUAAAAAUUCGAAGACUAUUGCUGUUCAUCAUCCUGAAUAUGGAAUAUCCGUUCAAGGAGAAUACCAAGAAAGAGUGUCAUUUAAAAACUACUCACUUACUGAUGCAACAAUCAUCUUAAAAAAUGUAAGCUUUUCUGAUGCAGGAGAAUAUAUUUGCAAGGCAGUUACAUUCCCACUUGGAAAUACACAGUCAUCAACAACUGUAACAGUACUAGUUGAACCUGUUGUGAGCUUAAUGAAAGGACCAAACCCUCUAAUAGAUGGUGCAAAUAGGACUAUAGCAGCCACUUGUACAGCAGCCACUGGAAAACCUGCUGCGGAGAUUGACUGGGAAGGAGGUCUUGGUGAAAUGGAAUCCAGCUCUACUUUGUUUCCAAAUGAAACGGUGACAGUUGUAAGUCAGUAUAUGAUUGUCCCUACACGAUUUGCAAGAGGAAGACGUAUAACUUGUAUUGUGAGACAUCCUGCUUUGGAAAAGGAGAUAAGAUACACUCAUGUGCUGGACAUACAGUAUGCCCCAGAAGUUUCAGUAACUGGCUAUGACGGAAACUGGUUCAUCGGAAGAGAGAACGUUCAGCUCAGAUGUAAUGCUGAUGCAAAUCCCUUACCUAUGGAAUUUAUGUGGACCAGGUUGGAUGGACAAUGGCCUGAAGGAUUGCUAUCUAUUAACAAUACUCUGCAGUUCAGUAGUCCAUUGACUUACAACUACACUGGGACUUACAUCUGUAAGGUGACUAAUUCGCUUGGUCAGAGAAGUGAUCAGAAGACUAUCUACAUCUUGGAUCCUCCUACUACUACCACUCGACUGCCCACGGUUCCCUGGCAUCCUUCGACUGAUGGCAUCACAGGUUUAGCAACAGAACCUAGAGUAAUAGAUUUCGCAACAUCAACAUUGCCAGCAAUGCAGCAAGACACUUGGGGUACCAUCAUCGGUAGUGCGGUGGGUGGGGCUCUCCUCCUCAUACUUGUCAGUGUUCUUGUUGGAAUUAUUUGCUAUAGGAGAAGACGGACGUUCCGUGGUGACUACUUUGCUAAGAACUACAUUCCACCAUCAGAUAUGCAAAAAGAAUCUCAAAUAGAUGUUCUUCAGUCAGAUGAUGUGGAUUCUUAUCCUGACAGUCUAAAAAAAGAAAUAAAGCAUCCAAUGGACAUCCUAAUAUCUAAAGAUUAUUUAGAAGACCCUGAAAAAGCAGAGUGGAACAAUAUAGACAAUAUUAACAGGUACCAGGAACGUUAUGAAAGACCAAUGGAUUACUAUGAAAGUGGAACAUUGGGAAUGAAGUAUAUGGGUGGUGAAUGUUAUGAUGACAAUGAAGAAGACUUUGUUUCUCACAUAGAUGGUUCAGUAAUAUCUCGGAGGGAGUGGUAUGUGUAGUAACCACUGAAAACUAAAUGUGUAUCUACAGUUCAUUUCAUUGGCUGAUCACUUUCAGAUUGUUUAUACUUAAGAGGAGGAAUAAACUUUUUGAAACUGAUUUUUUUUGAAGGUUUUUAUAUUGUGACUUGACAAACAGAAAUAUUGAAUCUGGGGAAAAUAUAUUUGAGCUGCUUUUUUCCCCAAUGCUGUACUACUGUUUUAGAUUUGAGGUUUAAUGCAGAGUGCUUAUUGGUCUGUGUUGGAGGUAAAAAAGGCGAAAUUAAAGUUGCCAUUCAAAAGUGUUUAACAAUAAAAAGUGGCUAUCUUGGCUCUAAUUUAAAAAUAAGUUUACCUAAGGCAGUGAUCAUAUAUAAUCUUUCAGGACAUAUAAUUCACAGAUUAAAGUGAAUUAUUCCAUUGAUGGUAAACUUAAUGCUUCUGUAUAGCAACCACUUUACCAUUUAAAAUUAGUUACAGCAGAAUCAAAGCUUUAUUUUUACUUUUUUUCUGCACAAAAAUGAAUACCUCUUAGCAUUUGAAUGAGCCUUCUUGUAACUAUGUACUUAAAAGAAGUCAUUGCACUGAAACUAACUUAUGAACAAAACUUUGAGGAGUAACUAAACAGGUCAGAGGCUUGUCUUUGAAUAAGAUGAAAAGUUAUUUUUUAUAGUCGCUGAUUUCUAAAGCUUAUGCUAGUGGGUGUAUAUAUACAGUAAGAUAAUUUGUUAGGCCUGUGAUUAGCAGGAUGUCAAAACUCAUUAAGGAAUACAAGACUCCUUGCAGGUACACAGGGUACAAUUUUACAGACCUGUUUCUGAGGCUUUUGGGGAAUCUUGCCGUAGAAUUUGAAAGCUGGAGAAUUAGAGCUGGAGACUGACAUAAAUUUGCUUUUUUUCCCAGGUACCUAUAAACACUAAGCAUACUAAGAUAUCAAAGCAUUUGCUAGAAUUCUUAUGAGCAGAAGUUAAAACAGCGGUUUUACGUUGCUUCUGAAUCAGUUACAAUGCUUGCUUUGAAGAGGGUAACUAGAAUUUCAGAUUAUUAAAGUGGACGCUUUCAUUGCUAUUUCACAUCGAGAAAACACUCUCUGAUUAGUGCAACUACAGAAUCUAUGGAAAGGCUGAAUUGUGCAGUCUCUGCACUGCAGUGGAUUUAUUUUCCCUGCAAAUAACAUGUACUGAUUUUGCAAUAUGUUCUUGUUCUUUAAAAUGACAUUGUAUGCAUUAUAUGUAGGACAUCUUGUUGGACAUCUGAAGUUCUACUUUGUUUUGGGCACGUUCACCAAACUGAUUCUCCUGACUACGUAGGGAGGAAUGAAAUAACUUUGAGUUGUAGAACAAUGAUAAAUUCAUAAUUAGAGUAGUAGGUCAUUUGAAGUGCCAUUUUUAAGUAUUUAGCUUGAAAAUGAAGCUGAUAAGGCUAUUGGUAUUUGAAACCUGAAAAGGGAAAAAUGUGCUACCUUUAAAAUUAAAUAGGCUGUAUAAUUACAGCUGGUUCUUGAGCAUUCAUUCUGGAAGUUCUUUUCUAUCUUCAUGAUCUUUGGUAGCUUACAGCAUUUAGAGCUUCACGAAUAGUUGUAUUGAGCGUUGUAGACAAUACACUGUGAUUGCAUAUGACUGCAUGUCUUUUUAAAAAGAUUAAGACAACAGUUUUAUUUGAAAUUCAAAUGGAAAAGCAUCCCUAAAAAACUUAAGUUCAUGUUUGGAUUAAUGGAGUAUUGAAAAAUGUUUUUUAACCAAAGUCUCAAACAAUAGCAAAUGAUAGUGCGUCUCUAGUUAGAGUGCAAAUACAAGGGAAGGAGUUAAAUUUCUAGUAGAAGGUUCUGAUCCAAAUUAUUUCUGGAAUAAAGAGAUCAUACCUCUCUUCAAAUAAAUACUUGAUAUAUCAUCUUUAAAAGAUGGUGUUACUUGGAAAUAAACAACCAUAAGCCUGUUUUCCACAUGGGAUAUCUUGCUUUUGUCUCUGUGGAUUUUUUUGUUUGGUUUUUUUUAAAAAGAUAUAUAUAUAUAUAUUUAAUUCCUAUGAAGUUAAGAAGUUGAAAUGUUUUGGAGUUGAAGUUGAUAAUAGGGAUAGGGUUUAUGCGUGUUGCAAUGUUUUUGUACAAUAUGUCUGCUGUAAAAAGAAUUGAUUGUAAGUACAAAUGGCUGUUGUGUGAAUAAAAUUUUUGUUACAUUCUGGAACAUAGGUAGUGUUCAAAAAUGCUUGACAGUUAUAUUCUUAAAACUGAAGAUGAAAAAGCAUGAUAAAAACAGAGGCUAAGUAGAAGGAACUGAAGUAUUUAAGCUGUUUAAGAUGGUCUUCUUAACAUUUCCUCUUGGAGACACUAAGCUUAUGAAACAGGUCUCCACUUUAUAACUUGAGAGUGAUAAAUAUGAACAGUUUCUUUCCAAACACUGUCAACUUAAGCACAGCUGAUACAUUGUCUACAAUUUUCAUUUAAAAAAAAGUGAUUUUUUUUUUCAAUUGCGAGAGCUCUGCUUCAUCCGUAUUUCUUGGAGUGAAUCAAUUCCCAUCUAUUUCUGACCAACUGGUGGUUCGAAUUCUGUGUAGCUGGCAGCUUAUACCUUAGAUGCUCUCUUGCUUCUUCAACUUGGUAUGGUAGUCUGGGCUUCUGAUCAUUACUCGGAUUAGAUUGAUAGAAUUUUGGUGCGGCUGCUUUUGCCAAGCAAUCAAAAAAGCAAAUUAAGUGAAUCCUGUGGUAAUUGUGCUUCGGUUCCUGUAUGUUACUGCAAUUGCCAGGAUAUUCUUUUUUCUUCCCCCACUUGGUGUUCAGAGGUAAAUGUGUGGCUCUUGUCAUCUUACCCAGAAUGGGGUUCGGGGGCUAAACUUUCAAUGAAAGCACAGUACUUCAUGAUGUUUCAAUAUUAUGGCAGAAUUUACCAGAAAAACAGGGCACUGUAAAGGUACUACAGUAUGAAACAGUCAAAUUCUUAUGAUGAAAUUGUAAUCACAGGGCCAAAGCAUCUUCAUAAAUUCUGGACCUAAUGGUAUAUUUUAUUUACCUGCAACUUUUUCACUGAAAUAGGGUGUGCAGCAUAAACAAGCGGAUUAAUAUGCAGUGGUUAAAUGAGACUUUCACUGAUUCACGUGUCCAAUCUUCACGAAAAAAUGAGAAUUAUGGUUCUUUGGUAUAUAGACUGGUACUGACAGAUAAAUGGAGCUUAUGGCAAGACAGAUGUUUUGUGAAACGGAACAAUAAUCACUGAAGGUGUAGUAUGUUACACUGAUCUCCUGAAGUGAAUUAGCUUGUUGCAAGUUGUUAAUCCAUGACUUUAUGAAUUAAGGAAGUCAUAAAAAUUGCUUAUUUCAGUUUUGCUCGGUCUACCUCAGAUGUACCUACAUGAGUGAUCCCAGGGAGGUAUUGCUGCUAGGUCUUUGAUAUGCUGUGAAAGGACAGAGAUCCCCUUAUUAGGUUGGAAAUAAGGUGUUUGGGGCAGUACCAAAAUGAGACUGAGAAAUAAAUGUCUUUGUCCAGCUUUUCAGCAUACAGGCAGAAGAGCAUCAGAAUUGUAAGUAAUUGAUAAAACAGAUUUGAUAGUUAUUUUAGCCUUUUGACCUAGAAUAUGUUGCUGGAGAGGCUCCUAAAAUUUCCUUGGUAAGAGAUAAAAUAGAACAUGUUUGUGUGUGUAUCAGUGUAAGUCAGAGCAUUAUUUCUGUAUUCUACCAGUGUUUACAGCUAAAACUUUUAAUGAAGCUAAUAUGAAUUACUCCAGUUGCAUGACUUAUAAGCCUUUUUUGCUGAUUGAUAUUAGAUUGAUGUUGAAUUAAAGUAUGCUAACAGGUUUCACAGCUUUGAGAUAUAAAACUUUUGGAAAUCCUAGCAUUGUGAAAUUGCUGAUUUUAAAAGACUGACAAGCGUAUUAAUUCAGUAAGAGUUGUUAAAUGUCAGAUUUGGCGAUGCUGAAGUCAAAAGAAAAUUGUGUUUUGCUUUUUUUUAAAAAAAAAAAGAACAGCUUUUCUCCCCUCUUGUUAAAAACUACGUUUAUAAAAAUGGCUGUUCCAUGUAGCUGAAGCAUGAAAUCCUAGAAAUAAUAGAUGGUCUUAGGGUUUUUUUUGAUGAGUGUAAACAGAGUAUUAGUGAGUUUUUUUGUUCCUUCUAGUAGUAUAUCUUUUUUCCCCUGCUUUUAAGUUUCCUUUCUUCCAUUCUGCAGACUUCAGUGGCUUUAGAGGAAGAUUUCCUUUAAAGCCACAGUUGUCUACUUCUUUGAAUUAAUACUUCGUUUGCUCAUCUAAGUGCAAAGCAUGUUCUGUAACUUCAUCUUGUGUUGAAAUAGAAAAUAAAAGCCUGCAGCUAGUAUUUAUUAAAAGUAGUGAAUGAAAUUUUUGAAAUUAUGAAUCAUUCAUGAGCUUUCUUAAUUCAGACAGUUUUUUAAUUGGAUGACCAGAGUCAGGACUGCAAGAGUGCUAGUGCAGGACAAGGCUUUCAGUUUGGUCAUGGAAGGAAAAACAUUCCUCAGAGCAAUGCUGACAUAGCUUGUCUGAGUAUUGAAAGGAUGUGAGCUGCUUAAACUUGUAAUCUAUACUA